AUGGCCAACGUUGCGCGGCCGCCGCUGCGCCAGACACGACUCACCUUUUCCCCCGUUGUCGCGCCCAAUGACGACGCCCACCACCACAGCCCCAACACCAACAACAACACCACCACCAGCGCCAACACUCGCAAUAGCCAGCUCCCCCAAAAGACGGCCCUUUCCCCCCGUCGUUCCUCGCGCACCAGCCCGUUGCUUGCCCUCGCCAGCGAUGCAAAGCCCGUCCAGCAGCUGGUCUACACGGCUGCCACAGCUGCUGCACCGCCGCCCACUCGCACGCCCACAUGCACAUCCACGCCUGCGCCUGCGCCUGCGCCUGCCCACACCACCACCAACCCCAGGAAGCGGCCAGCGACGGCGCUGAGCAGCCCUGAGCCCACCACCGAUACCAGACCUCCGCCCACCAAAGUCACCGUCACACAACCACAAUCCCAUGGCGACCUUAUGCGCAUUCCCAAUGGUCUUGGCGGUGCUGCGCCCCCGGUCGGCAUAGGCGCCCGCCAAGGUCCCCCGACGACGACGACGACGACGACGACAUCGCAGGACAAGAGGAGCCUGAGGAGCCACGAUGGCGGCUCGCGGCUGAAGAGUGACCUCCCCACCUACUUUGCCAAUUAUGACGAGGUCAUUGCAGGCCUGCCUCAGUCGUCGGACCUCCUCGACCUCGACACCCGCAUACUCAUCGUCGACGAGCCUAUCAAACCCAGAAUUUUAUAG